AUGUCGGAACAAUCCUUAAAGUGGACAGUCCAAAGCCGGCCCACCAGAAACCCCGAGUACAUCUACUUUGGCACCAUCUUCACCGCCGCCGAAACUGGCUCUCGACAAAGUGCGUUCGGUAUCUACACCCCCAUAGACGUCGAGGACAAAGACACAUGGCUCGAAGUUAGUAGGUCAAGGGGUGGGAGACAGAAUGGCAGGGAGAUUAGUAUCGAAGAAAGCGUAAGAAUGACGUUGGGUCUUGGGACGGAGGAUGGAGACGAUGCGCCUGUUGACGAGGCGGAGGAAGAAAAGAGGACGACGCUCGAGGCUAAGAAAGACAGUCUCGUCUCGAGGAUUGGUGCUUCGCUUGACAAUUCGCUGUACGACAUUGCCAAGGAUGUUGUCACCAGACACCAAGAGCAGCAGGAACAGCAGGGGAAUGAAUAG